GAUCACGCCAUGCACUCACGAGGAUCGGGGUUCACUCAGCAGACAGCAGAAGAUAAGAUACGUCACACUUAUCAACUGGGUCAGUCCAUCCGUGCAUCUGAUCCAGUCAAAGUACAAGUUAGUUCUCCGUCUGUUGCCAAAAUUUGGCAUAAAAUUUUUGCCCAAAAUUUUUCAUCAAAUUUUGCACAAAUUUUUGCACAAUGUCGCAAAUUGGAAACUGUGCUCCUCACCGGCUGGUUGAAAAUUCUACCUUCCUCCUUAACUACACCGCCCUUCCGUCCGUAGAUUCGUCGCUCUAUCCUUUUUCCACCUUCACCUGGAAAGGAUGGAUGAGUUGGAUCGCGGAAAAUUGGCACUACUCGAUAAUCGCGAGUGUGCUCUAUAUCGUGGGAAUUUUCUCGCUAAAAUUUUGGAUGAAAAGCAGGCCAGCGUAUGAUCUUAAGGGACCACUGUUUUAUUGGAAUGCAGCCCUUGGACUGUUUUCUAUUGCGGGAUUUAUUGGUCUAUUUCCGGACUGGUAUGCCUCGUUGCGAGGGGGAGGAGUACAUGGGUCGAUGUGUCAUAUGAGCCAAGUUUACUCUGUGAUGACAUUUUGGAGAGUUGCGUUCGCACUUUCUAAAUAUGUAGAGCUUGGUAAUUUAAUUAAUUUAAUUGACAUUUACAUAAUUCAAACUACAUUGACUAAAAUUUGUGAUUAUCUCGGAACUCGUGUUUUUGCAGUGGUAUCAUCACGCCGUCACCUUAAUCAUGGUUUGGAUCCUGACCCCAAUGUUGGAACCUGUCAGUAGAUAUUAUUGUUUUAUGAACUAUGGUGUUCACAGCCUGAUGUACCCCUACUUCGCCUUGAAAGCUGUCGAUUACUACAUACCCCGAUGGAUAUCGUCGGCUAUCAGCUCUCUGCAAUUUUUGCAAAUGGUUGUCGGCAUCUCUGCCAAUAUUUACACGGCCCACAUUGCGAAGACGAGCGGAGAAUGCUGCAGAUACGAGACGAGCAUCCUAAUCAGCCAAGUGGUGUAUGGAAGUUUUGUCAUUCUUUUUGGCAAGUUACUAAUCGACGUGGUCAAUCGGGGGAAGGGAGGAGAGAAGAAAAAGUUAUAAUUCUAUAAUGCAAUCUUGAUAAAAUAAAUACAAAAACUACAUGCCGCAUUUAUUUUAAGUUCCUUAUCAAGUCAUUAUUGUCAUGAUAUUAGGCAGUUUGUGUAGCUACGUUUUUAGGAUUUUCGUAACGCUCCGUAUCUCUUGAGAGUGGUCGAUAUUUUCAAAGUGCACCUGAAAAAUGUGAAGACUACGCCCCACCACAAUUUACAAAUUUGCUCCGGAAAUUUUGACCACUUUCAGGAGAUACGGAGAGUUACGGAAAUCCUAAAACUGUAGCUACACAAACUGCCUAUUAAUCCAAAUUGAAAUAGAUUUGUUUAAGCAAGGAUUACAUGUCA